CCUAGUCUCCACUCGUUCUUGUAACACCAACAAAGUCGAAGCGAUGCCGUCGGAAGGUGUUGAAGUGUUCUCAAAUCCAUUAGCCCCGCCGUCUUCGUCAGGAUCGUACGGAGGCCAUCAUGGCGGCGGAGUACCAGCAUUGACAAAUGAAGAUUUUCGUAAACUUUUGAUGACCCCACGGUCUGGUGUACCAUCUGUGGCUCCGCCGUCAGCUAAGUCAUCAAGUCACAGCAGCAAGAGCGUGGCAAGCAGUAUCCAUUCUCAUCGUAGUAGCAGGUGAGCUCUAUUGGAUUUGUUGUUCAUAAGAAUAUUGAGCUUAUAUUCAGAUGCAGGUUGUUAGCCAUUUCAUAUGAUAUCCAUGCCCCCCCCCCCUCCUGUCUUCCCCUCCUGUACCCAUUCCUCACCGAUCUGUUCACAAGAUUUUCUUAAGGGGCCCUGAAAGUAAUUUCUGAGGGGUUUGGUCCAUCAUCGUCAUAAAUUUUAACCUUAAGAGUAUUUUGGAAGGGGUUUGGAAGAAAAAUGGCCUUUUCUCAUGGGGAUAAAGAUAAAUGUUUCUUUUUUUGUGUGUGGGAGCUUGAUGUCAGCACUAGUGAAUAGGUCUGGUUUUGUAAGUGGGUAAAUUCUUAACUGGUUUGGUCAAAAGGGGGAAUGAAUAAAUAAUAAAAUGGCCUUGUAUGUGUCAGUAAGAGUGAUGCUCAUUUACACUAUUUGUUUCACUGCUUGUUUCCAUUGACCCUGAAAAGCCCCAUUGGGGAAGUGGCAUAAAUUUAUUUAUUGGGUGAUUCCAGAAAAUAUCCAUACCAUACCACAGGCAGCAUCUUGGAAUUCCGAGGGAGAGGGGCAGUUUCUUGGACUGGAAUGUUGAAGGCAUGGGGGGUAACACAGUUUGGAAUUCCAAACACAUAGCGGGGGAGGGUUCAGCUCUGAAUUUCCAGAGGGAGAAGAAGACAAAAGCUUCGCUUGAAAUUGUUGAUCCGAUAACGUUUCCAGUUUGUAAAUCAUCAAGCAUGAACUGACCGCUGAAGCAGGAUAAAGAUCGAUCAGGCAGGUGCUAACGAUCACACAGAAAAGUGAGCAGAUAGAUUGUGCAGUGAGUUCCACAUUGAAGAGGCCUUAAAGUUGAUGAAUUAGUCAAUAGAUUAAUAAAAUGUAAAACAAGUCUGUGUUUCUUUCUGACCUAAAAUUGUUGAUCCAUGAUUAAAACUUGCCCCAGUCUCUCGUUUCCCAAUGGAACGCCUGACAGAUUUAUAGGCUGCAUUACUAGUGGUCAGCAGUUCCUCAAUGAACACAAUUUUCAAUAUGGCGAGAGACAGCACAUCGUGAACUUCACUUUUGUCUUCCACUGGUUUGAAUAUGGUCUACUCUCCUGAAAAUAUGAAGCUAAUGAAAUGAAAACAACUUCAAGAUAACACUUAGAAGGGAAAGCUAUGGUGUACUGUAUUAAACAUUAACAAACUUGAGUUCCUUGUUUGUUUGACCGUUAAUUGUGAGCAGAAUUUUCUCA